AUGGCCUCGUCCGACGAGCCGCAGUCGCUGCGCGCCCUCUUCGAAGCCGCCGAGGCAAAGCGUCAAGAAGUCAACGAAGCACCCAGCGCCACGUCUCCGAAAUACGCAGAAGACCUCGCCGCAGCACUGAAGCUGUACGCACAAGCCCUCGACCAAAUCUCCGCCCUGUCGCUCUUCUCCGCCAACGAGGGCGUGGAGGACAUUGCGACGUCUUCGCUGCCGUACCUGCUGGUGGAUUUCUACAUUGGCGAGCUCGUCCAGCGAACGCCGCAUCUUGCGCCGAAAGAGCGGCUGCAGGUGCUCGACCAGGCGCGAUCCGCAUAUGAGCGGUUCCUCAGCCUGGCGGACGGAUACGGCCUGCUGACGGCGCCGUACGACAAGCUGCUGGAGCGGUACCGCGACGAGGGGGAAGCCUUUGCGGUGGUGGCGGCGACGGGCGCGGACAUGGCGGCCAAGCGCGAGGGCAAGAUUGCAAACUUCAAGGCGGAGAAGGCGCUCAAGGACAAGAUGGCGGCGCUGAGGCGCAACCCGCGGUACCUGGAGCACGGGGACGAGGAGCUGGUGCGCGAGCUGCACCUGACGAGCAUCCGGUUCGCGAUACACAGCGCGUUCCAGGCGCUCGACUCGCUGAACCGCGAGGUACCGCUGCUGCGGUCCGCGCCGUCGCCGAGUGCUGCGGCCACUUCCAAGGGCGAGGAUCCUGCGGACACGUCGUUUCGGCUGGAUCAGCCGUUUGAUGGGUUUCGUCCGGGAACGGGCGGUCCGUUGCUUUCGACAAAGGGGAAGCCUCUGCAGCCUUUUACGCUGAUUGGGUCAAGGGCGGAUCUCGCAAAGGGGGUGUUUCGGCCUGGUCACAAUCUGCCUACCAUGUCGAUUGAGGAGUAUCUCGAGGAGGAGAAGCGGAGGGGGGGCAUCAUUGAGGGCGGCGGCACGGAGCCUCCGAGGAAGGUGGUGGAUGAGGACGACAUGGAGGCUGUUGAUCGGGAGACGUACAAGGCGAGGGCGUGGGACGACUUUACGGAUGACAAUCGGAAGGGGUCGGGAAAUACGCUCAAUAUGGGGUGA